CUGAAGAACGAGUUGCAUGUGGAUGAUGAUAGCCAUGAAGAAAUGAUUGAGAAACUCAACUUUUACACCUGGAUUGAUUUUAAACUUGGCAAAUACCUGAUGGCGAACGAGCACAACCAGAAGGUUUUUGAUUUGACAGCAGGGAAAAAUAUCACCUGCCUGGUAAACCGCGCCCACAUAUUGCGCAGAGAAGGCGGUUGCAUGGAGUCUGAGCAGUGUUUAGCGGAAGCUGAGAAGUUAAGAAGGGAAUCCGAUGGUGAAAAAUUGAUGACAGAAGUCGACGCUGAACUGGCUUAUUCUCUGAGCAGAUUAGGUGGUGCUGAAAAUCUGAACCGCGCCAUUGAACUGUGUACGGAUGUUGUCAAGAAGCAGCCAGAAUGUUACGCGUGGAAGUUUGGCCUAGGUUUACUGCAAAGACGAGCAACGAACAGAAAUGUA